GAGCACAAAGCGCAUACAGAGCAGAAGCAUAUUAUCUUUUCUCGCCAUGGCGUCAGGUUAAGGUGAUCUCAUGCCGGAGCUUGAAGUCGAUGACCUCGAGCCAGUCCAGCAAGUGUCUUUUGCUGCAGACGAUGGCGGGCGCCGGAGGCCGUCGGUCAGCAGCAUGAGCGACCUCUUUCUGGAUGCUGCAACGGAAUUGGAGAUGCAGUCGCCUUCAAAUGCAAAAGCACAGGUCAGCCAGGAAAUGACUGCAGAGACCAAGGCACUCUUUGGCUCCCUGGAAUCACUCGCUGAGGCUGCAUCAAAGUUGAUUCUGUGCGGACACGUGGACCAGGCCCUGCAGCUGCUGGAAACGGCUUUUUCCUCUGUGGCUGAUUCAGAUCGCGAGGUUGCCUUGGCCGGUGUCGGGGUACAGAUCCUUCUUUGUGCUGCCUUGUCACAGGCUGGCAGACAUGAGGAGGCUCUUGAUAUUGCCCAGCAUGCGGUCCAGAUAGGGGACACCAUCCUUGAGCAGCUAGAGGAGCCUCGGGAGAUUUACCCCGAAGCUCCAGAGGCAGAUGCUGAGACGGGAGAUGAUGUGCCGCAAGAAGCGUCACUUGAAAGCCUUACCGCACCUCUGGCUUUACUCCAGCGUGCGCUGGAGCUGGCUGUGCAGUCAAGACAAUGCCAAGCCUUGGAGAUGGAAUUCCUUGGGCCGAAGUCCGAGGAGAUCGGCCUGGACUUCUGGCAGAAGCUGAUGGUGCUACAUGACGAAUGUCUUGAACUAGCACAAGGCUUGCCAAAAAGUAGCAACGUGCGACAGCGCGCAGAGCAGAGCAAGCGUGAGUGGCAGUUGCGAGCUGCUGAUGCAACGCUUCCGAAACUGUCGCCUGCGAGUUCUGGGGCAUUGCAGGCCUGGCGCUGCAUGCUGGGUACUCCACGGAAGGUGGUCCAACGGUCUGAUCAAGGGCUACACCUCCCAACGCACGAGCGACUCUAUCAAGGACUUCCGCCAGCUGUAGAUUUGGAGUUUGAACGCUUGCGCAGGCAUCCGAGCUUUCCAAGCAGCAUAGGGGAGCUUCCAGCUAGUACUGCGUCUUCUACCUUCAUGGAGAAGGGAUAUGGCUCUAUGUCAGCACAGACCCUUUCCUCCUGGUCAACCAGCUCCUCCUUGAGCGGAUCAGGCUCUAAACCGAUCAGCAGGCAUCAGCUACCACGGGGUGACAUUUAUGUCCACACAUCUCCGCGGAGAAGCGAGCUGCCACGGACACCAAACUGGUCUUCAGCAAGGAGGGUGCCCGUGCUAUUUUCCAUCCAGGGCACCGAAGGAAAGUCUUCCUGGGCUUUAAGGACGCUUCGCAAGCGUGAUCGUGUGGUCUUUGACGACAAGAAGAUGAAUGCUUUUGAGGACUGGCGCAAGAAUGGCUCUGGCCCAAAAAUGCGAUUAAGAGACCAGGUUCUGCAGACAGAGAAGGGCAUGCAAUACUUCCAAGACAACCUGAAGAAAGAGAGCUAUCGCUUCAAGAACUCAUGGCUCAAGGAUGUGGUGACACAAGAAGACCUCUACAGCGAUCGGACCUUCUUCUGCUCUGAGGGCCUUCGAGUGCUCAAGAAGAAUCCGCGCCGGCAGCCACGACCAAUCUCGCCAUUGAAGCCUCAGGUUAGAAAGCUCUUCGACCACUACGGCAUUUCUUGUCCCCACAUCACAGAGCCCACCUCCCUUCAUUUGCAGGUGGCUUCCUAUGCUGAGCUACUGCAGAAGUCGCAGAAGCAAGCAAAGUUGCACAACCUGCCCUAUCAUCGUGGCCAUGGACGAAGACUCGACAUGGGAUUAGGCCACUUCGACGCCCUGCGCAUCAUUCUGAGAAAACACCGCCGGACAGCCGUUGCGGGCUUACCCGGACUGUCCCAUUCCUUGAGCGAAAAGCAAUGAGCUCACUUUUUUCAAAGUAAUGAAGCGACAGCC